AUGGAAAACUUAACGAUUGACAGCGAACCAACAGACGACAACAGUUUGGCAGGGUAUGUGCGGGCAUUCCUGUGGUUGUUCCUGGGGUUUUUUGCCCUGGUCAAGGCUGCUCAGCUCCUGGAUCACUACUUUAUCGCUGGUCUGAUGGGGAGCUACAAGCCCCGCUCGAAAGAGCAGAUGUGGCUGCACUACCAGGCGAUGAAAGAGCAGAGCGACUCUCAGUCGCAGGAGCUGCGUCAGAGGAACACGAAACUGGAGGGCUUGAUAGCGGAUCUGCAGGAGUGCAAUCGCCAGUUGAUCAACGAAAACUGCAGCCCUCAAUCAGCAAUGGGCGACAAACAGAUGGACCAGGAGCCGAAGAACCCCCACAAUCUCUUCAUAAAGAACAAUCACUUCCACCUGACCAUUCAGGUGCUCGUCAAGGAGGAACGCUUCGAUCUCAGCAUAAAGAACCCUUCGCUGGCGCCAAAGGUGGAGCCCAGUAUCUGGAUGAAGUACCUGAAGCAGCGCAAGUCUCUGAUGUCCUGCCAGUCCAUUGUCGAUCCCAAUGCCAUGACCGAAAGCACUCCUGGGCGCACAGAGCCCACCAUAUUGAGCACCGAGGAGAUGCAGAAGAUACAGGGCAUUAGCUCUUAUGCCUAG